AUGGAAGCCACAACACAAUCAGCACCAGACUCCUAUCCCGCCGUGAAAUCGUUCCAACUUGUAUUUCACCUCAAUUUCUUCCUUCUCGCACUUGCGGGCGUGUUCGCCCUGUUCGCUCUCCCUCGUGCUAUUGCACGCUUCUCCCGUGCCGCAGAAUGGCGCCAUGGAUAUAUCCUCCGUGCGAUCCCACUUGAGCGCCGAGCGCCAAGGCCCGCCAUGCGCUCCAUACAAUCUCCCCCGUCCGGGUCCCUCGCCGCUGAUAACGUUACAUCGGAUGAAUCACACACCCUUCAUUCCGAAGCGCACCUCAUUCGACACCCAGCCGCAAAAGUAGAAGGCUGGUCACUUCCCCCGCAUGUCCGCGCAUGGUCCUCACGCGUCCCAACCUUCGCUAAUAUCCUGCGGUACAGAUUGGACGCGGGCUUUUCUCUGGGUCAGGCACUGGUCUUGGUGAUCUAUUCUGCGGCUCUGGUAUAUGGUGGAUUCCUAAAUUCGAACCCAUUUGCGGACCCGUUGCGUACUGGAUUCGUAGCGAUGUCGCAGACUCCUGUCGUAUAUCUCUUGGGGACGAAAAAUAAUUUAUUGGGUAUUUUCGUUGGUGUCGGGUAUGAGAAGCUCAAUUAUAUCCACCGGUAUGCUGGGAUCCUCCUGGUGAUCGCAUCCAAUGCGCACUCGCUGGGUUACAUUUAUCUGUGGGCGAUAACCCAGACAUUUUCCACAAACAUUCGCGAGCCAGCGCACAUAUGGGCUUUCGUUGCGCUCAUCACUGUAGAUCUUAUAUACCUAUUUUCGAUCCCGUUCUUCAGACGAAGGGCGUACAAUGUGUUCUACUGCUCGCAUGUCGCAUUAUUUAUCCUCUUUCUCCCAGCUCUUCAUGCUCACCAACCCGGUGUCUGGCCGUAUGUCAUUGCUGCUGCCGGUAUCAUCAGCCUUGACUAUCUGAUCCGGUUUAUGAAAACACGCAUGUAUAAUGCACGCAUACGUCCCAUCCCCGAUCUCAUGCUCACACGUAUCGAGAUUCCCCAGCUCAAUGCUGGCUGGAGGGCAGGACAACACGUACGCCUCCGCGUGCUUUCCUCAGCCAUGGGAUGGUUCGGCUGGGCCGAGAGUCAUCCAUUUACCAUUGCUACCGCUGCGAAGACACCUGAAGGUAUGGUGUUGUUGUGUAAGAAGACCGGUGGGUGGACGGGGAGAUUGUACGAGAUGGCAAAAGUAGCGGGGUACGGUACAGAUGAAGGUGCGUUCGGGAGGACGGUGCAGGUUAUGAUCGAAGGACCAUAUGGUGGACCAGGACAUUGUGUAUUUGCGAGUUACUCCGCUGCGCAAUCCGUGCAGGACAUUCUCCAAAGAGACUCAGAAGGUGCGAGUCGAGUAAAAAUCAUAGAAGUCAUCUGGAGUGUUCAAGAUUCUGCCUCUCUCACUCCACUCGUCCCUCAAUUAGUGGCCCUUAUUCAACAAAGCAUCUAUGCGCCACUCAAAAUAUCUGUCCACUAUACACGUGCAUCCACCAACCCCCCGGGGAAGAAUUUCCUCCCGCCAGGGCUCACUCUCACCGCAGGACGUCCGAAGUUCGCCAAAGUCCUUGAUGCAGUGAUCUCGCGCGCGGUAUCUUACGGCUCUGGCGUCAAGGCCAGCAUGGCCAUCACGGGUGUUAUAGUUGGCGUGUGUGGCCCUACAGGUUUGGGUGACGACGUCGCACAGGUAAUUUCUCAGGUAGAUGAUGGAAGACGCUGGGCUGUCGGCGGGAUUGAGAUGCACGAGGAGUAA